CCAUGUGGAUGUUGAAGAACUGUCAACAUUUCCUAGACACAAACUCGAAGACGAGAAGUCUUAUUGUUUAACUGCUCUACUUUUUACCUCAUCUUCUUUGGAAAGUACACCACCUACACUAAUCAAGAUGAAAGUUGUCGGAUCUACUUGCGCCCUGAAGAGCAAGGUCGGUGGCGAGGACGUGGUGCACUGCCUGUCCGAUCAGAGCCUAGCCAUCUCCAAGUGCAAGAUCCCGCUGCUGGACGAACACAUGAGCGUCUUCCUCCAGGACAUGAAUAGCUGCUAUAGCAAGCUGAAGGAGCUCGUGCCCACUCUGCCCACCAACAAGAAGGCCAGCAAAGUGGAAAUCCUGCAGCAUGUCAUUGACUACAUAUGGGACCUGCAGGUCGAACUGGACGAGCCGGAGAAGAGCCGCCAACACUCCACCAGCAGCGUCCCCCGCACACCGCUGACCACCCUGAACGCAGAGCUCGCCAGCAUCUCAGUGGAGAAUGGAUGCUCAGACGACAGGAUAAUGUGCCGUUAAGAGCCCGGGGAGCAUCGCACCACCAUCCCACAGCCAGCAUCGGAAAGAACGAACAAGGUUACCUGAUGUGACACCUCGAACGCAUCAAUUAAAAAAGGAAAGAAAACCUUGAACAGCGUAGGGACGUUUCAAACUCCCAAAAGUAGACAAAUAUCGUUGUGCGGACAUUCUCCGGCGGCGAGGAUCUCUGUCACUCACGGCUCUCGAUUCAUUAGAGGGCUCCGAGAGAGGAAGAAGACCGGUGGUGUCCGGAUAUAAUCUGCGUUAUCCGGGGGGAUCAAGACGAGUUCAGUGCAACCAGCGUCGCUUGUUGCUUGUAGAGUUUAAAAAAAAGCUAAUGUUUUUGUUACGCUCUUUGUAUCUUAUGUAAACCAUAGAGAAUUCAACAUUUUGUAAAGGAAAAAAGUACAUUUCUCAGAUUCCUGAGCGACAAACUGUAUUGUAUAUUACAAUGCCAUAUUAUGUGAAGAUAUUGUUUUCUUACAAUGUACCCUUAUUGGUGUUUUUAUUAAAACAAGACAAUUAUUUUUGAA